GUGAGACAUGUAACAAGAACCUUUACUGCUGAAUGUCGUACAACAAAACCACUUUGUAAUGUUAUUUCGACUAUAACUUAACAAGGUAUAAAGUCUCUUAAUUGGCAAAACAUUUGUCAGCCAGGUGAGAUUUAAGGAUGCCAGCAGGUGUAUCUUGGCCAAGAUAUCUAAGGAUGUUUGCAGCCAGUGUGUUGUCAAUGUUUGCUGGAGCACAGGCUGUGCAUCUGUAUUACCGUCCUGAUUUAACCAUUCCAGAGAUCCCACCAAAGCCUGGUGAACUGCGAACAGAACUUCUUGGCUUGAAAGAAAGACAGACAGACUCGGUGUCGGAGAAACAGUGACCCAUGAAUUUGUUUUUCGUAGCUACUGUGUAUAGAAACAUUUUUUUCAAAGCCUGAGUAAACUGAUACAAAAGUUAUUUUAUUCUGUGAAUAAAGGUAUUUACAUGUGUACUGUCUCUAUUUGUCGUAUUAAAAAAAAAUACUAACUUUAA